AUGGCCCCUGCAGCAGCAGCAUCCGCGAGUGCCCUUAUUGACCCCAAUUUGUUCCUGUCAGCGAGCAGCAAGGUCAUGGGUGACGUUGCUGUCGUUAUGGACGAAUUCGGCUUACAUUUUAAAAUCCGUCCUCAUGACCGAGUUUUGUUCCUCAAUUCCCGAGUCGGUAACUACGCCAAGUCUUUCAUCGCACCUCUGCUUCCAUCGGAAGCUGAAAUGAUUGGGGUGGAGAUGAAUCCGACCAUGGUUGAUUACGCCCGUAAAAACUUCGGUGGGCCAAACGUUGGCUUCAUUCAUCUCGCGCCGGACAGACUCGGGGAUCUCAAAGAAAUGUACCCUUCGGGCUUCUCUCACAUCGUCUCUUUCCUCAGCUUGCAAUGGAUCAGAGAAUACAAGACCGUUCUGGGACAAUUGCAGCCUUUGUUGCGAGAAGGUGGGGUGCUUUUCUGUUCCUUGUUUGAAAACGCUCCACAGUUCGAUAUCUUCGAGUCAUUGCGCUCAGAUCCUGUUAUUGGACCCGUUGUGAAGAAUCCACCGGUUGCAAUGGGGCUUUUCGUGGGAAAAUCCGAUUCUGUAAAAAUAUUCACGAACGACCUGAAAGAAGCAGGCUUCAAACCCGAAGUCGUUCAAUCCCUGCUGCGGCUACUGCUUUUCCCGACGAUCAAUUCGCUGGACCGUUUCCCACGCGCGAUGAACCCUUUCCAAGGGUUCGUUCCGGAAAACGUGAAUGAGAAAAUACGGUAGUCAGCAGCGUUUUUGAAAAGAUGAAGUCGGCGGUGACCACUUAUCCAACGGAGAAGUUUCGGCCAAGUACACUAUAUUGCACUGCGUGGCUAAAAAAGGUGUAGCAAAAUCUUGGACAGCUCAUGCAAUCGAAGAGCGUAAGCAAACUGCACGUGGAAGCUGAAAGUGAAUCCCGACAUCACAUCAAACCGUAAUUUCGGAGAAUGCCAUUCCGUUCAGCUAGAGGAAAUCUUAUUUCUGUACAUUCUUCUGUUAAUUUGUCCUGAUUUUGCGUCGUUGCACAUACUAUUGUAUAUAUAUGUGUGAAAUAUACUACUGUACUUCCUCUCCCGGCAAAA